CCCCCUUCAUCGUCGGGGAGCAUCUUCAACAACCACCCUCCGACCGCAAUCCUUUCCUUCAGUCAGCAUGCGCCGUUUGUUCGUCGCUGCUAUUGCCGCCGCCGGCCUAGCUGGCGUGCUUGCUCAUGACUCACACCCUGUCUCUCGUCGUAAGACCCUCAGCUUUGGCCCUGUUCUCCCUCAUGCCACCUACCACACCAACCCCGUAUACCACACCAGCCUCCUCCGUUCCGACGACCCCUACGAGGUGGCGCGUACCUUUGUCGAGGACCUCGUUCGCGACAUCCCCGGUGGCUCAUACCAGAUCCGCAAGGAUUCGUACACUGACCAGGCCACCGGUGUUACCCACGUCUACGUUCGUCAGUACGUGAAUGGCAUCGAGGUCGCCGACGGUGACAUCAACCUCAACGUCAAGGACGGUGUCGUCCUCUCGUACGGCGACUCUUUCUUCCGUCCCAAGGAGGCCGGAGCCCAGGCCUUCCAGCGUGACGUCGACCCGCACUCCGAGUACUGUCAGUCUCUGGAGCGCGAGAUCGCCGACCAGCUGCAGCAUAUCGACGGCUCCAAGCCGCAGCACGGCGUCGACCGCGAUGCCCUCACCCAGCUCGGCAACUUGUACGACUGGAACUGCCAGUUCGUCAACCUCCCGGACUUCAUGUCGGAGUCUCCUGACUUCGCCAACGCCGAGGAUGCCGCGUCAGGCGAUGUGACCCGUGCGCUCCUUCAGUUCAUGAUCGCUGCCACCCCAAAUGAGGAGCUCAGUGCGGAGAUGCUCGGCAACACCGGCAAGUACAUUUCUGACAUGCGUGUUACUUUCGAGCACCACCUCGCUGGCGAUCAUCCCCCUACAUUCACCGUCGACAACGUCCCCGAUGCGGUCAACCCCGUCAAGGGUCGUCUUGCCUUUGUCCAGGUUCCGAACGGUGAUGCGACUUCACUCCAGCUCGUCUGGAAGUUCGAGGUCGAGAUGAAGGACAACUGGUAUGAGGCCGCUGUCUCUGCUGAGACGCCUCACCGCAUCAUUUCCGUCGUUGACUGGGCGUCCGACUCGCCUGUUCCCAUGGCACCUGUUCCUCCCAAGGGCAGCGAGGGUGCGACGUACAAUGUGUUCGCGUGGGGAAUCAAUGACCCUUCUGUCGGCGAACGCUCUAUCCAGAAGGAGAACUUUGACACGCUUGCUUCCCCUCUGGGAUGGCACGCGCUCCCAUACGCGAACGAUCCCGAGUCGUCGCACCUUCGCCUCAAGGAUUCGUCCAAGAUCCGGAACACGACUACGACGUGGGGCAACAACGUCUUCGCGCACGAGGACUGGGAGGGUCGCAACAAUUGGGUGAACAACUACCGCCCCGAUGCGGGUGCGAACAAGGUGUUCGAUUUCAAGUACAACCCCAAGGCGACUCCGACCGACGACGCGCUCGAGGAGGCUCAGAAGUACAUCAACGCGACCGUCACGCAGCUGUUCUACACCUCUAACCUCGUGCACGACCUGUACUACCGCUACGGCUUCAACGAGGUCGCGGGUAACUUCCAGCAGCACAACUUCGGUCGUGGGGGCCAGGAGAACGACGCCGUAAUUGCGAACGCUCAAGACGGCUCGGGCUACAACAACGCAAACUUCAUGACGCCGCCUGACGGUCAGAACGGUCGCUGCAGGAUGUACUUGUGGAACACCGCGAACCCGUACCGUGAUGGCGACCUCGAGGCUGGCAUCGUCAUCCACGAGCUGUCGCACGGUCUGAGCACGCGUCUUACCGGUGGACCCGCCAACUCCGGCUGUCUUGGUUGGGGUGAGUCUGGAGGCAUGGGCGAGGGCUGGGGUGACUUCUUGGCCACAACGAUCCGCAGCAACAGGAAUUACUCGGACUACGCGAUGGGCUCGUGGGCGGCGAACCAGGAGAAGGGCAUCCGCAACUACCCUUAUUCGCUCGACGAGACCGUCAAUCCGUCGACGUACAAGACGCUUGACAAGCCCGGCUACUGGGGCGUGCACGCAAUCGGCGAGGUCUGGGCGCAGAUCCUCUGGGUCGUCUCGAAUCGCCUGAUCGCUAAGCACGGCUUCGUCGACGACCUCUUCCCGCCCAAGCCUCUCGACGAUGGCACGAUCCCCGAGGGUGACUUCUAUCGUGCGCGCGAGUACGAUGCGCAAGGCAAGCCGAAGCCGCUUGUGCCGAAGCACGGUAACUCGCUCGUUGUGCAGCUCGUGCUCGACGGGAUGAAGCUGCAGCCUUGCCGCCCGUCGUUCUUCGACGCGCGCGAUGCGAUCAUCGCCGCGGACAAGACGCUCACUGGGGGCGAGAACUUCUGCGAGCUCUGGGAGGGCUUCGCAUCCCGUGGUCUUGGCGUUGACGCUAAGGUCGAGGGCCGUACCCCGUGGGGUGGAGGAGUGCGCACUAACGGUGUCCGUGUACCCGCCGAGUGUUCGUCUGACGUCCCGCCGCCCGAGGAGCCCGCUCCCGGUGAUGGCGAUGACGACGGCGACGAUGAUGACUGGCCAUGGCUCGCAUGGGUGGUCCAACACUCGACGCCGUACUCGUGGCGUUGGCCGUUCUGA